AUGACAACCUUUGUCCCUUCACUUGCUAUCCCUGUGGCCACUCUCAUAGCUAAUCUCAUUGGUGCCCAUACCUUCAUAGCUGCAUACUUUGAUUCUUCUGUAGCAGAUAUUGUGGAGCCACAGGACCUCAUUGUUGCUGCAGCAUAUCAUGCCAGUCUCAUGCAUUUUGACCUGCAUGACUCCAACUAUAAGAUGGAGCAUAAGAAUUCCUCAUGGGACUAUGAUGCUUCUCUUCUUCUGCCUGGAGAGCCAGGUUAUAAGGAUGGGAAUCUAUCCUCCAUUCCUCACCAGCUCCUGCUCCCUUCACAUGCUAUCUCUGCCCCUCCUGCUCCAGUGGUCAUUGGCCUUACUGCCUUAGUCCCUAAAGUCAUGAAACCUGAGGCUAGCUUAUCUGGGUUUCAAGAGAAUCUAAUAAGUUUCUCUCCUGUUACUAAAAAUACUAUCUCCAUGGUUCUUUCAGCUGUCAGUUCUGGCUUGAGGGCCACAGUGGUUUAUAAACAUCAGCAGGAGACUGGAAUCCUGGCUCCUCCUUUGGUACCUCUUUUCUCAGUUUCCCAGACCACCUUCCAGUGGAAGCCAAUUCCUGGCUCCCUCAAAUUCUCUGUCCCAUCCACUCCACCCAUUGAUCAUGAUACCAGUACUCCUUCUGCUGUGGAGAGUGAUAAGCCUGCUGGCUCUUCUCCAUGCUCAGUCAGUACCCCUGAUCCUGCUAGUGAGGGUCCUGAAGGUGCUCUCACAGAGGCUGUUUCUUCAGCUCUAAACAGCCUGUUAUCUCCCUCUCCUCAUGUGUAUCAUCCCCUGACUGAGAUGACCAUUCUGAUGGCCUCUGGAAAGCCUCCCCACUCUCAGUGUAUGCAGCAGUCUAUUCCCACAGUUUCUAAAGCUCCUGCCAAUAUGUCUGUGGGAGAGACUGUUAACCAUACCAUUUAUGCAUAUGCCUUUCACCUGGCCAUUGAUCUCCAGUUCUAUGAACCUCCUUUCCAUCAAGCCCUAGAAUCCAUGAAGCUUUCUAUGCUUCCUGUUGCUCCUGACUCUUUGACUAAACCACCUGCACAAUUGUGCAGUGGCUGGGAAUAUGUCUACUGUUGUCAUUCCAAUAAAAAUUCUUAUUUUAUCCAUCCUCCUCUACUUUUCUGGCCAUGCUUUAACUGCACUUUGGCUGGUUUCCCUGAGGAGUGCAUUUUUGAGGGUGGAGUUGGCGAGGAGAUUUACCCUCUCAUUCUCAGUGAUGAUGGUGCUAUUCAUUGUGGUAUUGACCAUAUCGAGCAUAUUGAGAUUGAGAUCAAGCUGCUUGUGAGGUUCCUUCAGCUCUUGUAUGAGGACCAGCAGCAGGUUGUGGGUGAGCUUACUGAUGGUCUUGAUGUCAUUGCUUCUCAUGAGCAUGGUGCUGAGAUCAUCAAAGCUUAUGCACAGGUCUCUGAUCUCCUCAAAUCUUUCUUGGUACAUCCUGGUUCUAAGAAUGCAUCUAUUGAUGGGGAUGCUGCAGUGUCUAGCUCUGACACUGAGUAA